ACGUUUCAGGUGUGUGAAACGUCACCUCGCAUUAGUGACAGCUGUGUUUAACUUUUGGACCCACAACAUUAGACUCACCUGAAGUUCCAACAUGACGGCCGACAUCUGGGACGUUGUUAUAGUCGGAGCCGGGCUGUCUGGGCUCAGUGCGGCUCAUCUGCUCACAAAACGGGACGCCAAGCUGAGAGUCCUGAUCCUGGAGGGGAAAGAUCGAGUGGGAGGUCGCACCGUGUCCUCUGAAAUCCCAGCAGCCGACGGUGCUGAUCGCUGGGACUUUGGAGGACAGUGGGUUGGAAGCACACAAACACACAUUAUGGAGCUCAUAGAAGAGUUGGGGCUAGAGUUGUAUCCUCAGUUUAAUGACGGGAAGAAGGUGCUUCACCUGGGUGGGCCCACUUCCAGAGUGAGAACCUACCGGACCAGCAUCCCUGCUCUGUCCCCGCUGGUGCUGCUGGACUUCACCCAGAUGCUGUGGAAGUUUGACAGGCUGUGCAGAACCGUGUGUGUUCAUGAUCCACUGAGGACCCCCAACGCGGCGGAGCUGGACAGCAUGACGGUGCACUCGUACAUCGAGCAACACGCUUGGACUGAAGAACUGAAGGAGCAACUGGGAGUGUGCAGCAGGUCCGUCUUCGGCGUGGAGCCGUCCCAGAUGUCCUUUCUGUUCUUCCUCAUGUACGCUGCUGCAGCCGGAGGGCUCCUGGCGCUCCUGGAAAGCACUCCUGGUUGUGCUCAGGAGUUUAAGAUAAAGGGAGGCACCCAACAACUUUCCGAAUGUCUGGCACAGCAGGUUGGCUGGAAGAACGUCCGGCUGGGCUCUGCUGUGACGGCCAUAUGGCAGGAUGCGGAGUGGGCCCGGGUCGUGACGACCAGCGACACCUUCCUGUGCAGGGCUGUGAUCGUCACAUGCCCCCCUCAUUUGGCAGCAAAGAUCCAGUACCAGCCGGCCCUGCCCAGCAUGAGAGAAUUCCUCACGCAGAACAUGCCUGUCGGCCAUAUGAUGAAGUUUAUUGUGACGUAUCAGACGGCCUUUUGGAAGGAGAAAGGUUUGUCAGGAGAAAUCGUGGCAGGAUCUUCCACCGACUGUCCGUUCUGUGUCACGUUUGACGCCACCAGCCCACGUGGGAACCCGGCCCUGGUGGGCUUCAUUUCCGGCCAGCAGGCGACUCUUUGGAGCGCGAGAGAGGCUGGAGAAAGAAGAACAGCUGUGCUUUCUAGUCUGGUGAAGUAUCUCGGUCCUGAGGCUGCAUCAUGCAUUCACUAUGAGGAGAAAGACUGGGCUAAGGAGGAGUUCAGCGGCGGCUGCCCCGUCAAUGUCAUGGCACCCGGUCUGCUAACGUUUUACCAGCCGAGCCUGAGGAAUCCCUGUGGCAGGAUCCACUGGGCCGGCACUGAGACCGCCACCCGAUGGUGCGGCUACAUGAGCGGCGCCGUGCAGGCGGGGCAGCGGGCCGCUCUGGAGGUUCUGGCUGAAGUCAGCCAUGUUGUCCUGACGGCGGAGGAGCAGGAAUCUCUGAUCCAGGGUCAAACUCUGCACCGUCCCCCAAAGCCAACCGCGCUGUCUGCGCUCCUCAAGAGGCUCACCAGGAAGUCCGUGUUGGUACCGGCGCUGACCAUAAGUGUUGCUCUGCUGCUGGCUCGGAAACAAAACGUUCCGAUGAAGAUCAAGACUUACAUUGGUUCUUUCUAAACUGGAUCUGUUGGUUUGUGUUGGUGAAGUUAAGCUCCAUGAAAUGACUUGGUGUCUCUAAAACUUCUCAAAUCCAAUCUGAAGGAUAAAUUCUUUGUCAAAUUAACAGAAGAAAAAAAAUGAUGAAUUUAUUUUGAAUUAAUACUUCAAAUAAAUACAUAUUUUUAUUAUUAGCUAACAAACAUUAACCGUGGACCCCUUGCUUAUUCAUGGCUCAAAAUUUGCAUAUUUUUAUAUUUACUUCAUUCUGGAACGUAGCUCCAAAUUAUCUAGAUGUAGAACAUAUCUACAACAUUUGAAAUAAAAUGCAGCUUCUGAAGCUAAGACAGCUAGCCACAAUGCUACUUCACAUGCUAACGAGUGGCGUUUGCAAACCAGCCAAUCCAGGGGCACCAUUCGCUUUCCUUGGUGCUGAUUGGCUGGAGGAACGUAGAUAAGAAAAACCAUAGAUAUUAGUUUCUUCGGUAGAACCAAGAUGGUUUUUAUUGUGUGUAUGAACGCAUAUUCAGGUGUGUUUUAGAGUUUAAAUGGUUAAAAUGGGAAGUUCUGAGCGUUUUUAAAGGUGGUUUAAAAGAGGCGGCUUCAAAAUGUGUUUUAAAAAACACACCGACUUUCUGCCACUUCUGAGUUUAUGGACUUUUAAUUAGCUUUGUCACCUUUCUAUUUUCAUUUGUUUACUUGCUUCACAGCAGUUAAUUUCAGUAGUUGCUUUAUUUAGACUGUUCAUCUUUUCUGUUAUGUUAUUUUACCAGAUUUGAUUUGAUUUUUGCUGUUCAUUACCUCAGUGCCACCAAGAUUGACUUUAAACCAUCCACACAAUAAUAAGAAAAUAAUCCAAACUGCUAUAAUUAAAACAGUAAAAGAAAGUUUCCAGAAGCUGAAUGGAAAGAAAUCUAAUAGAUAUUUUUAACUUCUUGUGCCCAACUUUAGUCUAAUGUAGAAAAGGAGGAGACGGAAAUGAAAUUAAAAUUUUUCAGACUUCCCUGCAGAGGAAUUGAAAAUGGGGGGCCACAGCAAACAGGCUUUUAAUUUAAUAUAAAUACAUAAACGUUUUUGUAAUCUUUCAAAUAAAAUAUCCAUGUUUAUUAAUACAAAAUAAAUAGAAACUGCUCAUAUGAGCAUAAGCAUUAGCAGAACUCUAAGAAUCUAUGUUUCCAAUCUCUGAAAUCUAUUUCUUUAAAAACAAUCUACGCCAGUAGUGCAACCGCAUGUUAGGGUAGCAUUAAUUCAUAAUAUUACUCAAGUAAAAGAAUACAGUACAGCGCAGUAACAAUACUGCUAUAAAAAAAGUUACUUGUAAAGUUAAAUGUAACUUGAAUAGACAACAAAAUUAGUAGCUUAUUCGGUGACACUUUAUUUGAAGGGGUGUGUCGUAAUGACGCUUUUAAUGCAAAGUUGCACUAAAAGAUGCAUUAAAAGUCCAAUAAAUGUGUAAACUUUGAAUUAUUUGGUCAAUAAUGACACUUUUAAUGCAAAGUUCUAUUAAAAUGUGCAUGGAAAGUAAAUUAGAAGUGUCAACUUUGCAUUAAAAGUGUCAUUAUUUACCGAAUGACACUUCAUGACAACUCAUGAAUAUUCAUGAACACGCCUUCAUUUUCAUGACUGAUGUUAUGUGAGUCCCCAUUUCAAAUAAAGUGUUACCGUUUAUUCUUGCUAAGAAGUUUAACUUGAUCUAUUGGCAUGAACUAGUCAUGAUUUAGCCAACAUUUCCUGCACCAGCAUGCAGGUUUGCACAAUAGCAUGUUUCAGGUCUGGCGUUAGCAUCUUAGCGUUCAUGUUGCGUUUAAAGCUGAAAAAAGCAGCUUGUAGCGACCUUUGAAAAAAGGACAGAGGGCACAGAAACAGGAAGAACAGGAAGUCUUUACUGUAUCACAUUGAGCCGGGAAUAAUAGAAAGUUUACCACUUUGAAGUAAAAAAAAAAACAAAAAAAAAACAGCUUCCAGUCCAGGCAGGCUGGGCUGCAUCCGACCGACUGAGGCAGAUUCACUUUCAAUCUGUUUGGAGCCGUCCACCUGAUUCUGUUUGAAAACCAUGAAGACACUAACAGAACCACAUCAUCUGCAAAAAGUCCAGAGGAGAGGUUUCCAAACCGAACCCCUUUAUCUCUGUUGAGGAACUGUCCAUGAACACCACAAAGGCAGACCUGGUUUGAUCAAAACUGCACGGGGGAAAAAACCAAACGUUUUGCUAACAGUGAUGCAUCUAAACUGACCAAAACAUAAAAGGACCUGAGAGAUGUCUUCAGCAUCUCUGAGAAGGGAAACGAGACGUAAACCUUUCCAGGGAGGCUGGAAAACGUUGCUUUCAAGGUGAACACAAAGUCUGUGUUCAAGUUCAGCUCCUUUAAAAAAAAAAAAAUGUUUCCAAAAGGUUUCCUCCAAAAUCCUCCAAUCCAAUCCAAUUAUCAAUGGUAAUCCCAUAAACCAAUCACUUCACCUUUCAUUAGCUUAGAGGUGACAUUGUCUUGACAUUUGAAGCUUAUAAUUCAGUUUCCUUGAGUAAACACAGAUACUCACUCACUGAUAUCCAGUUCAGUUGAUGCAGCCAAAUUCAAAGGUUGAUGCAGCCAUUAUGAAUAAUUAAAGCUAAUUAAAGCGUAAUUCAAAACCUCAACUUUGUACCAACACUGACGAAAGCAACCUAAUCAACUCUGGUUGAUUCCAGAGAUUUAAAAUAGGUUAAUUACACUUUUUAGCAUGACAUAGGUUAUAAAAUAACCAAGGGAUGAAGGAUUUGUUCCUGCCUUAAAAUCUGAAUUAUAUGCUAAUGAGGGGAUUCAGCCGUUUUAUUCUCAUGAAUUUAGAUAAGCGAUUCAUGUAAAAUUUGCAGUAAAUUAGUUGUAAAUCAUUGUUUUGUUUUGUUUUUUUUACGCUUCUCUGCACAAUUUCUACU